GACACAGCGCAGCAGUGACGAAAUACACGCUGGAUUUAUUUAUUAUUUUGGCUGUUUUUCUCAUAUAUCUUCAGCGACGAGAAGGAGGUGGGCAGCUUGUCACUGACGAAACACCCCCCCCCCCUCCCAUCACACCUCCUGUGAUGUUCUACCUGAUCGGCCUGGGUCUGGGCGAUGCCCGCGACAUCUCCCUCAAGGGUUUGGAGAUUGUGCGCCGCUGUGAAGAGGUGUACCUGGAGGCGUACACCUCCAUCCUGACGUGCGGCGCCGAGGCGCUCGAGGAGCUCUACGGCCGGCCGGUGACGCUCGCAGACCGCGAGACGGUCGAGCAGGGCCUUGACUCGGUGAUCAGCGCCGCCGGCGAGCGCGAUGUGGCGCUGCUGGUGGUCGGCGACCCGUUCGCGGCCACUACGCACCACGACCUGGUGCUGCGCGCCCGCGAGCGCGGUGUGCCGUGCCGCGUGGUGCACAACGCCAGCAUCAUGACGGCGGUGGGCUGCUGCGGCCUGCAGCUCUACAGCUACGGGGAGACCGUGUCCAUCCCGUUCUGGACGGACGACUGGCGGCCGGACAGCUUCGUGGAGCGGAUCGACGCCAACCUGGCGCGCGGGCAACACACGCUCUGCCUGCUCGACAUCAAGGUCAAGGAGCAGAGCGUCGAGAACCUGCUGCGGGGGCGGAAAAUCUACGAGCCGCCGCGCUUUAUGAGCGUGUCUGUGGCGGCCGCGCAGCUGCUGGAGGCGGUGGGCGGCCGCGCCGAGACCGACCCAGGCCUGACGCCCGCCUCGCGCGUGGUCGGCCUGGCCCGGGUGGGAACAGACACGGAGCGACUGGUGGCCUGCACACUGAGGGAGAUGGCAGAGGUGGACCUCGGGCCGCCACUGCACUCACUGGUCGUGGUGGGUAACACGCACCCCAUGGAGCUGGACUACCUCAAACAGUUUGAGCUGGGCAGCGACGCGAAGGACACAGGGAAGGCAAAGGAGGGCGAGACAAAAGCGGACCAGGCUUCGUCAUGAUGUCAGGUGGGCUAUUAG